AGCCGCCCCCCCACCCCCACAGCGCCCGCCUCGUCACUCCGAGGGCGCGGAGGGAUACGCGCUCGCCGCUCGCCGUCGCCUUUUGUUCACGGCGGAGUCCGGCGCGCACGCUGGGCUGGCGCGGCGCUAUCCCUUCCCGCCACUUUUAUAAUUUUCCGCCAGAGAUACCACCAUUCCUCGCCGUUGUUCGUUUCUACCGUCACGACGACGCUCGCGUGGGGGUGGUUUUCCCUCACGCUCUGAGAGUCCCGGGGCAAUCGGGAGUCCCCCUCCCCGUCUCUUCCCCCCCCCCCACUACCCACCAUCUCCAUCCGCCGCCGAGGUGGUGGGGGUGAUUGAGGCACCGACUGUGGUGUGCUUGUGGUAACUCCACCUCGUCGCAGAUCACUCACGCCAGCAGCAUGGAGAUGAAUGAGGGACAAGGGCCACCCUCUUCCCGGAAGCGUUUGGCCCUGGACGAUGGUGCAGUGCCGGGGAGCCCGGCACUGUCCAAGCGGUCUCGUGGGGGCCAUGAAGUGGGCGGUAGUUUGGUGGGGUUCGGAUCGUCGCCCACCCCCGUUUCGGCUCCUCUGCAUGCCGGCUGCCCCCCCCAUGAUUCCACCGUUGCUGCCAUCGGCCGCGUUAGCGUUCUUGCGACUGCUGUAACAACCACCAAAGACGGAAACAACUCCGCCAAGCUGGAAGCCCUCGCAGUGAAUCCGGAAAUUCGGACGGCUUCGGAAAAACCUUGGAAUUCUCACGGCAGCGGCGAUGCCACUGAGAACAACACAAGUGAGACCAAGUCAGCGAUGGCGCCUUCUCAGCGCUCGCAGAAUGGCUCGUCCCUUGUCUCUGGUGCGCCGUUGGAUGCCGGAAAAUCGCCCACCAAAACAUCUGCGGCCAGAACCAUGGGCGUGGCCGGUGUCGGUGCUAGUCCCGGCAUAGCACAGCCUGACGUAAAACCCCAUACCCAACAUCACCACAAUCUUCACCAGCAGCAACGUUCGGUGGCGGUGGUGGCUCCCACGGCAUUGUCCCAGUUUAAGCUCUCCCCGGGCAAGGCAGCGCCGUCGCAGGCAAAAUCGUCCGUACUGGUGUCACCGCCGCUGCCGUCUUCGGCGAAAUCGACAACGCCACAGUCAUCAUCGAGACCCAUGCCAUCUCUCUCGGCUCCGGUGUCGGUAAUUGUUCGAAGCCCUCUGACCGAUGAAGGUGAUUCCAAAUGGCGGCAGCAGCAGCAGCAGCAGCAGAACCAACAGCAACAGGAGCAGCGGGAGGGUGAUGCCGGAUCUCCCGAUCUUGGGGGGGCGCCACGACCAAAGCUGAAGAAGGAGUGGCUUUGUCGGCACACGGAGACAGGCAGCGGUACGGACGCCAUGGCGAUGGAGGCCUUCAGUGAAGAAUCCGCCAGGCCUGGUGUUGGCGGAAGCCAGGGGGGUGUGGAGGAACAGGGCGCUCGGGUGGAGGCGAUCAAGGUGGAGGCUGGGACAGGGGAAGAGAGGCCGAGGGGAGACGAGGAGGCGGAGAUGAUGGGCGAAGAGGAGAUGGAGGAGAUGGACUAUGAAAUGGUGGACAUGACACGCGGACGGUGGAUGGACCCCAAAUACAUGGCGGAGGGGAGCUUUGGUGUAUCGGUGCUGCGGGACUGGCGUGUCGUUCGCCAACUGCGCCUGAGUGGCGAGGCGUUCAUGCAGGACGGGGCCUGCGUGGAGAUCGCUCCGCACCUGCAGAAGUGCCGCGAGUGCCGCCUGCUGCGCUACCGUCGCCAGCACCAGCUGCGCAUGCAGCAGCAACGGGAGCGACAGCAGCAGCUGCAGCAGCAGCUGCAGCAACAGCUGCAGCAACAGCUGCAGCUGCAACAGCAGCAGCAGGCCAACAACAGUGCCCAGCAGUCGGAGCCACAGCCAGAUAAGGAAAGUGAGGACAACCAGCAGGACAAGCAGCAGGACAAGCAGCAGGACAAGCAGCAGGACAAGCAGCAGGAGAAGCAGCAGGACAAGCAGCAGGACAAGCAGCAGGACAAGCAGCAGGACAAGCAGCAGGACAAGCAGCAGGACAGGGCGCAGUGCGAGUCUCCACUGCUGAACAAGCAGCAGCAGGUAGCGCUUGGUGCCGAGAAGCCCUUGCAGAAUGCGCAGCAGGAACCAGCAGCCGAUAGCGGGGAUGAGGUGCGGCCAAGUAAGGAUGCGGCGCCUACGGGAGGUGAGGAGGGGCCGGCGCCAGAGCAGCAGCAGCAGGUGGUGGGUGGCACUGGCAGCCCCGCCGUCAUGGCGGCAGCGCCAGCCCCCUUGACACCAGCGCACGGCAUGACUGGCGUCGACGAAGAUGCCUCUGUCACGAAGGAGUCUGGGACGGCAUCGUCACCAUCCACAGUCUUCUGUCGCUUCAUCCACUUCCGGAGGUUGGCGUUCAGCAAAACAGGGCAGCUGCGAAUCGAUGGGUUCUGCACCGCACGGCAGUGCGACCCCGAGGCACUCAGCCUAUGGACGCCAGGUGGCAUUGUGCUGGCAGCCACCUCCAUGGACCCACCCCGGGGGGACUCCAAAUCCAACUCCUCAUUGUCAUCAUCGGGGUCUCUCGACCUGGACACGGCAAAAUACAUUCUGGCCAACAUCGGAGACCAGUUCUGUGAGCUCGUAAUGUCCGAGAGGGAGGCGCUCACCUGGCUGCCACAAGGAGCCAAGGUGGCGUGGAAGCGAGCAGUGCGAGGUGUGCGGGAGAUGUGUGAUGCGUGUGAGACUACGCUCUUCAACGUUCACUGGGUCUGCCCCAAGUGCGGAUUCGGCGUCUGCCUCGACUGUUACCGCAGCCGCAAGGACCGGCAUCCAGACGAAAUCAGCGAGGACGAGGAGGUGUUUUCUUGGCUGCGUUGCGUCAAGGGCCAGACGCACGAACCCGCCACACUGAUGGCCACACAGAUUAUACCCGGAAACGCCCUGUACGACAUCAGCGACCAGGUUCAUAUCAUGCGAGGAAAGUGGGGAAUCAAGGCAAACUGUCCCUGCUCGGGGCACCACCACCAUCAUCAUCACCACCACCACCACACCAAGGUGGCAGCAGACGCCGGCGGUGGCUCAGGGCAACCGUUGCUUGAGCCCGUGGCAAGCUCGGCAAAACUGCGCGCUGAAACGCCGGCUCCAGAGAACCAGCAGCAGCCGCAGGAGAAGCCAGAAUCACAGGAGCGGACCUCAGAAACCCUGCAGCCUGAAGCGCCAGCGAACUCGCGGGCAGGAGACGCCGUCCCAUCGGUUGCUACCGACGUGGCCCCCGAGCCAAGCAGUGCCACCUCUAUCUCCUCCAGCACAGGCGGCGCCCACAAAGCCAGCAGUGCCUCUACUGCCCUCAACACACAGCCAGACAAAGCUGCUUCUGCUUCAGAAGCAUCUUCGGCUUCAACUGCAUCUGCUGCUGCUGUCGGUGCUGGUGCCGUCGGUACAGGUGCAGUCGCUGCUGUGCCACCGGUUGCAGCAGCCGAACUCCCGGUGACGGCGAGUUCCGAAUCUGCCGCCUCCGCUGCAUCACCGAACCCGCCAGCCCCUGCUGGCACCGUGGACUCUGCUGCCCCACUGGCGCUGCCAGCUGCUGCCCGGCUGGGUCUGGUGGAUCAGUGGCACCGCUGUCACCAUUCCACCGCGCCGGCUACCCGGAAGCCGAACGUGAGCACCACGGCCAAUCUUGCAAAACCCGCGGUGGCAACGGUGCCAGCGGCAUCGGUGGCAGUGGCAUCGGUGGGGCUGACGUCGUUUGCUGGCGUGGUGGGGAGCCCUCGUGGUGGUGGGGGGCCUAGUGGCUCCGCGGGCGUGAGGCUCCGAGAUUUGCUCAGCUGCACGGCCGGGAAGCUCAAACUACAGCCUGGGGAGGCCAUGCUGCCCUUCGCUCCCAUCAUGGCUGCCCAGCCUUCCCCCGGGGCCAAGGGGUCUCGCAGCAUGCCCAGUCUACUCGACGACAUCAUCGCCUCAGUCGUCGAAAACAAAUUCUCCACUCAGAAGCUAAUGAAACCCUCCGAGCAGCCAGCCAAGAGUGUGGCGCGAAGGCCGCUGGAGAGUGGUAUUGCCGACAGCCCACACUCGUGGCUGUGCGAUGGGCGGCUCCUGAGAAUCCACGACCCCCAGCACCCACACAACUGGAAGCUCUUCCGAGAGUGUUGGAAGCAGGGACAGCCCGUGCUGGUGUCGGGCGUCCAUGCCAAUCUCGAUCCCGCGCUGUGGCGUCCCGAGGGCUUCAGCCGGGAGUUUGGCACGCAAGAAGCCGACCUGGUGAAUUGCCGCAGCUGCACAAUCAUCUCCGGCAUGAAGAUCCGAGACUUCUGGGAUGGAUUCGAGGACCUCAACAAGCGGCUGGUGUCUCGAGACAAGGAGCCCAUGGUGCUGAAGCUCAAGGAUUGGCCGCCCGGAGAGGACUUCAGGGACAUGAUGCCCAGCAGGUUUGAGGACCUCAUGGACAAUCUGCCACUCCCUGAGUACACAAAGCGGGACGGGCGUCUCAACCUGGCCGCCCGACUGCCCGAUUACUUCGUGAGACCCGACCUGGGCCCCAAGAUGUACAAUGCCUACGGUCUGGCCUUGGAGGGCGAUCGCAAGGUGGGCACAACCAACCUCCACCUGGACGUGUCGGACGCUGUGAACGUGAUGGUCUACGUGGGCAUCCCCGAGAAGCAGAAUAUCGACUUCCACCAGGAGGCCCUGCGCGCGAUGGAUGACGGCGACGUGGACGAGGCGACGCGACGGCGCGUGGUGGAGGGCCAGGAGAAGCCCGGAGCGCUCUGGCACAUUUACGCGGCGCGCGACGCCGACAAGAUCCGAGCACUUCUACGCAAGGUGGGUGAGGAGGAGGGCCAGGAGAACCCCGCCGACCACGACCCCAUCCACGACCAGAGCUGGUACCUGGACCGCACGCUCAGGCAGCGGCUGAUGGAGGAGCACGGAGUGCAGGGCUGGGCCAUCACGCAGUGCCUGGGCGACGCCGUCUUCAUUCCCGCCGGCGCCCCGCACCAGGUUCACAAUCUGCACAGCUGCAUCAAGGUGGCGGAGGACUUCGUGUCACCGGAACACGUGCAUCACUGCUUCCGGCUCACACAGGAGUUCCGGAGGCUGUCUACCACGCACUCCAACCACGAGGACAAGCUGCAGGUAAAGAACAUCAUCUACCACGCCGUGAAGGAUGCCAUUGCCACACUGCAGUCCCACGACACCAAGAGUGAAAACUGAAAAUGAAAAACCACCACAAGUGUGGAUUGCAGCAGGGGCGAGUGCAGUGGGGGAGCCGCGUGGUGGGGGGGGGGGUAUUCUCCCCACACUCGGACUCAUUCGGCUAUACUUCCUCUCCCCUGCCACUAGGGUGGGAGGUGUGACCUCGUUAGUGAGAAUGUCGCUGAUGAGGUGCUGGUGAAAGGGACUCGGAGUGAGCACACAUGAGGGAACAACCCCUCGUGCACGCUAUUGGCUAUUGCUACAUAUCGUGCCCCCCAUUGUGCCCAUUACACAUUUACCACAUACGCAUGUACUACAAGCACCGAUCAACAUACAAAUUGUACUGCAUGCUGUAACCGGCAAAGCCUACCACACACACACUGCACCUCACAUAACAUUAAAUCCACAAAGUUAUCCCACACACACUUAGAACUCCAUGGUUAAAAUGCCGUCCUACCUCCACACCCAGUGCAACACACGCUGAAUCCCCUCCCCCACACAGACAUGACAAACGCGGAGGUCACGCCCCUGUUGAUGCCACCGUUGCUCUCACCUCCUGGUUGCCUUGCUGCAGAGUCAGGUGGCAUUGCCCACUGCUCGGGACGUGUAUUUUAUAUCGCGAAUACAACGUUAAGUGAUUUGAAGCCAAGUGAGGAGGAGUGUGACCAUUGUACCUAGUCGAGAUAUGAAGCUGCGUAGGCGGUGUAUCCAGACGCACACCAAACAAGAUGCAUGUGUGUAGUCUGACAAUUAUCAACCGAAUUCACGGCUGCUGACAUUGCCAAUUGAUCAGGUGUGGUGAAAAAACGCAACCCAAAAUAAAACUGCGGCUUACAGCUGUGUUUUAAGAGUCACUCCACGUUGUCCAAGGUUUCUGUAGAAAUGCCCAGCACGUGGACGACAUCGUACUCCAACACAAGUUGAAAGAGGCGAGAAGAGCAGUUUGGUUUUUGCUUAUUAUUGCAUCUUGCUGUGAACCAGGAAUUGGGAUGUGGGCUCCAUGCCACUGACCCUAAAUCAACCACCCAGGUGAAGAAUAAUGUAUCUCCCAUGAAGCUGGGGUGGGUUGGAGCCAGGGUUAGGGGAAGGAUGAGUUCUGGUAGGGGAUGGGAUGUGCACAGUAGAAGUUUUGGGAGUUUUUUUUAUUAUAUAUAAAGUGUACAUGUCAAAGAUUAAUAAAAUGUCAAGUAAAAUCACA